UGAAGCGAUAAUGAAGUGAGCGCCCGAACUGACGCCGGCAAGAUGGCGUACGCACCGAAGAAUGACGGCCGUCCGAAUGUCAAGUUCUACGAAUCUGCCGAUAUUUUGUCUCUUUUUGAAGGAGUUAAGUCAUGGCUGAUGAAGAACGCAAAAAAGCAUGUUGCUACAGAUCCUCCUACAGCAAAAAGCCUGUCUCAACUGAUUGUUCAACUGCUGCAAUUUCAAGAGGACAAUUUUGGAAAGGAUGCUGAUAAGCCUGCCAGAACACGACUUCCUAUGCGCUGCUUUGUGGACUUUGAGCCUGGAAGUGGCCUCUGCCAAAUUCUGGCUGCUGCCUACAAGUUCAAGACAGACCAUGCCCUUCGCAGAUUUGAUUUACAGUCGCCCUCCAAGAUGGACCGGCACAUCGAACUGUUCUCGGCCAUCGAGAAGGCGCUGGUGGCCGCCGGCCAGAUGGUCGUGCCGUCCGUGUUCAUCACCGCUGAGGUGGACAAGGCCGAACGCGACAAGCUCAAGGAGACGGUGCGCUCGCACGGUGGCACCAUCGCAGAGUCGCGCGACAAGGCCACACACGUGGUGUUCCCGACUCAGGACCCCCUGGAAGAGGAGUACGCCCGUCCGCUGUUCCGGCGGGACAAGUACACCAUGCUGCACUGGUACUACUUCCCCGACUCGUACGACACGUGGGUUACAGGUCUGGACCUGGACGACAGUGUGCCGGAGACGCCCGAGUUUGACGCCGAGAAGCAGUGGCGUGUGACGCUCAACUGGGUGCAGGACCUGGACGAGUACAACGAGUGGAUGAACGAGGAGGACUACGAGGUCGACGAGGCCGGCAAAAAGAGCAAACACGAGCUUUGUCUCUCCGUGGAUGACCUCGACGCCAUGGCCGCUGGAGAGUCGGAAAAGUCCAAAAAGGGCUCCAAGAAGCGCAAACGGUCACCCUCGCCCGCCGCCUCGAAAUCAAAGGGCAAACGGACGCCGGGUCCGAAGCCGAAGAACAAAAAGUCCAAGACUGAGGAGGAGGAGGACCUGACCAAGGACAUGGAGGACCCGCCAGCCGACACCAACCUCACAGAGGUGGUGCUCCCCAAAGGAUCGAGCCGUAAGGACGCCGACAACCAGCCGGUGAAGGGCGGCACGGUGGUCGAUCUGGACGAGGAGGCCAACCAGGAGGACCCCAGCAAGUCCGCAGAGGAGAAAAAGGAUGAGAUGGAGGAUAACGCCACUGAGCAGACGCACAACAUCAUCGUGCCGAGCUACUCGGCUUGGUUCGACUACAACGCCAUUCAUGGCAUCGAAAAGCGCGCACUACCAGAGUUCUUCAACGACAAGAACAAGAGCAAGACGCCCGAGACCUACAUCGCCUACCGCAACUUCAUGAUCGACACAUACAGGCUGAACCCCACCGAGUACAUGACGAGUACGGCGGCGCGGCGGAACCUGGCAGGAGACGUGUGUGCCAUCAUGAGGGUGCACGCUUUCCUCGAGCAGUGGGGACUGAUCAACUACCAGGUGGACAGCGACAGCCGUCCGACGUCGAUGGGCCCGCCGCCCACCUCGCACUUCCACGUGCUGUCCGACACACCGACAGGGCUGCAGCCCAUCAACCCGCCCCGCACCGGCCAGCCGUCCGCCGCCAAACAGCUCUGCGACUUCGACAAGAAGGCGGAGGGCGGUGACACGGCCGGCGCCGGGGCCGCCGGAGCGGAUAAGAAGGAUAUCACGGACAACUUCGGACUCAAGCUAGACCAGUACGCCAAGAAGUCGGGUCUGAUGCGGAAUAAGCAGGCGGCGAACCUGUCUCGCGACUGGACGGAGCAGGAGACGCUGCUGCUGCUCGAGGCGCUGGAACUCUACAAAGACGACUGGAACAAGGUGUGCGAGCACGUGGGCACGCGCACCCAGGACGAGUGUAUCCUGUACUUCCUGCGGCUACCCAUCGAGGACCCGUACCUCGAGGAUCCCGCCUGGGGAGAGGGCGCCAUCGGGCCUCUGGCUUACCAGCCGAUCCCGUUCAGCAAGGCCGGCAACCCGAUAAUGUCGACGGUGGCCUUCCUGGCGAGCACGGUGGACCCGCGCGUGGCCGCGUCAGCCGCCAAGGCCGCCAUGGAGGAGUUCGCGCGCAUCAAGGAGGAGGUGCCCUCGGCGCUGCUCGACCAGCACGUCAAGAACGUGGCGCGCGCCGUGGCAGAGGGCAAGGAGCCCCAGUCGGCGCUGGAAAAGAGCGGCAUUGCCGGUACGGUACCUGAGAAGGAGGAAGAAGGCGAGAAAGAGGACGAGAAGAAGAAGCGGAAAGAGAAGGAGGACGAGUCUGCUGCCGGCGGUGAGAGCGGUGACAAGGCGGAGGACCCCGCCGCCGCGGCUGGGGAGAAGGCCGCCGCCGAGACCAAGGAGGAGGGGAACGGAGCGGCUGCUGAGAAGGAGGCGGGCGCGGGCGGCGACCAGCCGGCUCCGGCGGCGGCCGCGGCCGGCGGAGAGGUGAAGGAGGAGCCCGCCGAGCCGCCAACUCCCGAGGAGGUGGCGCGCGUGGAGACGGAGCGCGACCGGCUGGUGAAGGACGCCAGUCUGCAGACGGCCGCCUCCGCCGCGCUCAGCGCCGCCGCCAUCAAGGCCAAGCACCUGGCGGCCGUCGAGGAGCGCAAGAUCAAGUCGCUGGUGGCACAGCUGGUCGAGACCCAGAUGAAGAAGCUGGAGAUCAAGCUGCGCCACUUCGAGGAGCUGGAGACGACGAUGGACAAGGAGCGCGAGACGCUCGAGUACCAGCGGCAGCAGCUGCUGCAGGAGCGCCAGCAGUUCCACAUGGAGCAGCUGCGCGCCGCAGAGUUCCGCGCGCGCCAGCAGGCGCAGGCGGUGCUGGCGCAGGGCGGCGCGCCGCCGGCCGUGGCCGCCGUCGGCUCGUCCCCGGUGCCGUCGCCGAGCACGGGCGCCUCGCCGCAGCCGCCGGCGCAGGCCUCCCCGGCGCCGGUCUCGCCGGCCGUGCAGUAGGCGGCGCGCGCGGCGCCGGCCGUCCGCGCGCCGCCGCCGCUGCCCCGGCACUCUGUGGCGCUCAGCCUGCUCCGGGCGCCCAGCGGCGGCGGCGGCGGACCGGCGCCGUGGGGCGCGGCCGCGCGGCCCCGUCCUCGGCUGCCGUCCUGCGAUGACGGCUCGGAGCACGCGCUGCCGUCGUCCACCACGGACCUGUAGUGAGCGCCGGACGGCCGCGCGGGCCCACCGCCCACCUGCCGAGCCGUCCAGACACCGGCGUCCGGAAAAUGGCACUCAUCGUAUGUGUAUCCGGCGAUCACCGAGCAAAACAACGCCUAAUCAAGGACCCAAAAACUUUAAGAACGCCUGAGGGCUGAGAGUGUGGGCAAAUUUGCGAUUGGUGGUCAUAUUUCUCUGCGUUCAACUCUGUCUGGGGGUGUCAUCGCAGACUUCAUCACGUCUUGUCACGGCUGCCCGUCUGGGACUGCCGUGACGUCAUCUAUUGGAAUGGGUGUGUCGCCUGCGCGGUUGUGUGCUUUUGUGCGAGAUCGAAUUUCCACAGGGGGAUGAUAAGAAUUAGUACCUAGUGAAUGAUGUGUAACUGUGGCAUAUGUGUAGAUGAGUAGAUCUGCCGGGUUGGAGGUCCUGGCAUUUUCCAUGGUCUCAGUUUUUUUUCGCGGCCUCGUCAACUUGAGUCCAUUGCCUGCUUUUCACCGACUCAUGUACAACUCCUCCGACACUUGUGUUUAACAAUAUGUCUCGUAUGCCGCAUUGAAUAUAAAAUGAUGUUGA